AAUUUUCUACAAUGCAUCUAAUUGUACAAGAUUAAAAUCGUGGCUUUAUUUCAAAAAGCAACAUAUCGAGUUUGGUAACUCAGAUUUUCUCAAAAAAUUCGAUUUCGAUAUCGAUUCUUAUCGAUUGCUUGGAUACGGAGUAAGUUAUCGAAACAAACUUGUACUUCGCAUGGACUAAAGGCACCUACAUUCUAAAUUUGAAGUCUAGCUUUUAUAGGUUCUGAAAUUCUUGCGUUCAUACAUACGGACAGACGGCUAGCUCGACUCGGCUAUUGAUGCCGAACAUGCAUCAUGCUUAAGCUGCACAACACAGUAAAAACUUUGAUAAUCUUUGACUCUUGAAAAAUAUAACUAAGUAUAUUGAGCUGAUAAUACUACUCGCAAUGCGUUGAUUAUAUUUAUUGACGCGAUGAUUAUUAUGGCUUGAGUGCAUAUUAUGUACUGGGAAUAACCAAAAAGGUUUUCUUGGUUUGAUUUGCAAACAGGUCUCAGUCAGUUUAUAAUUUUUAACGCUGCCAAACGGUUGCAAAUCUCAAAUUAGUUUACUGAAAAUGGGAAUAUAUUUUAAACUAUGGGCAAUUUUAUUAAUGCCCUUACUAGUUCAAUCAAAUGGAGUAUCGACAAAUGACUUGUGUACAAGGGAUUCGACAGGGAACGCUUCGGAGUGCGGAACCUACUGCUAUAAAGUGGUUAAACAGCUUCUUAGCUACGCAGCCUCUAUACGAUCAAAGGAAGAACAAUUCGCAGAGUUAGAGAGUAAAAUCGAUGAGCAAAACGCGAUUGUAUUUCAUUUGAAGGAAACAAUCAGGCAUAAGGACCUACAACUGAACCAACAAAUCGAAUUGACGGCCGCGUAUAAGAGCAAUAUUGCACUGUUAGAGAAACAACUCGUCUCAAAUGACGGUAUCAUAACUAGUCUGCAAUCCAAAGUUAAAUCGGCAGAUUCCCAAAUCGCUGAAAAAGAUAAAGAAUUAAAGAAAUCGCAAUCGAAGCACGAAGUAAAUGAAUUAAAUGUAGCCAGGAUCAAACAUCUUGAAGCGAAACUCUCAGAGUGCAAAGCGAUGUCUGUAGUCUCCAUCUGCCUAGGAAAACCAAGUGAGAUUUAUCCGAUAAAGGUACCUGAUAUGGAUCCAUUCUCCGUGUCCUGUGACUCGAAGUACGCCGGAAGCGGGUGGAUCGUUAUUCAACGCCGUAUUAAUGGCAGUGUGAACUUUAACCGAGGCUGGGAUGAUUACAAGGCAGGUUUUGGGGAUUUACGUGGCGAGUUCUUUAUCGGACUAGAGAAACUUCAUAAACUGACCCAAUCGCAACCUCACGAAUUAUAUAUAUCUCUGGAGGACUUUCAAAAUCAAACCCGUUUUGCUCGAUACAGUGACUUUGUUAUUGGCAACGAGGCAGAGUUAUAUAAGAUUAAAAUGCUUGGAGAUUUUACCGGAAAUGUUGCUGAUUCCUUCAAUUAUCAUAAGGACAAAAAUUUUUCAACACCAGAUAAGGAUAAUGAUGUCACUACGGGUAACUGUGCUCUAAGCUACGAGUCUGGAUGGUGGUUUUAUGACUGUUAUAACUGUAAUUUAAAUGGACGAUACACAUCAAAAGAUGUAGGAAUAACUGGGAAAAGAAUAGGUUGGAAUGGAUGGCAACUGAAACCUCUUAAAUUUACCCAAAUGAUGAUUAGGCCAAAGUCUUCUUAAUUCGUAUAUUUUUUGAUUUUGUACAACAAUUUUUUAUUUUAAUAAAGUAAAUAAAUUAAGGCUUAAUGCGAAUAAAAGUAAGAAUAUUAAA